UGGAUCAUCGAAUCUUUUACGUAUAAAUGUUAUUGUGUGUGUGUGUGUGUGUAAAGCAGUUGCAUAUUCGAUUGAAAUCUGGUUCGCUUUGUUGUUGGUAUAUGGUGGUGGGCGUUCAUCUAGUCCCUGUUUGGUUAGGUGUCUUGGUGCCUCGCGAAGAGGGAACUGGGUGCUUGAAAUUACCGUUCUGUAUCCACUGGGUACCGAUACUGUAAUCUUGCUCUUCAGCAGUAGUCCCAGAUACUAAAGUUUGUGUGGUUGUUUACAGCAAUCCUCGGAUGUAUAUGGAAACUUAUGGUGAAUGUAACUUCUGAGAAGUUUGGUGCUGCGUGGCUCUCACUUUUAUUGAGCAGCUCAAUCGUUUGCUACUUUGAGAGCGAUGAGAUUGCCCAUACAUAUGAGAUAAAAUGAACGGGUGAAAUAGGGGUGUACCAAGAUGGCGGACUUUAUUGGACAAGAACGCGUGAUAUGUCAUGGUUCCAUGGUGGAGGGGACACAAGUGCCCCUGAAGAAAGGUGGAUCUACGUUAGAAUUCAAAUCCAAGAAUCUGGGAUAUUACGCCCUCAAGUGUCUGGACGAGAGAAUGUACGUCUUGUGCCGUUACAAGAGUUUCAACAAGUUCUCCAGUGGCAAAGAGCCCUCGAGCACCUAUACAUUCGUCGGAACAAUGAAGGUCCAUCGCAUCAUUAUGGGUCAGGGUAACACCAAAUACUUCGACACCGUCCUCAUCGUCAUCCACGACGGAUAUCCGUUUUAUUUCAAACCACUAAGCCAGAAGGUAAAAAGGUGGCGAGAAGCGUUUAAGUUCGUAGCCAGCGUUCUUCAAACACACAAACCAGGAGGCUCCAAUCGUUCGAGUUCAGAGUCUGAUGGGCCAUCUUCUCCUGAGAGACACUGUUCCCCUUCGCACUCCUGGGAGGACAAGCGAACAAAUUUCAGGACACCAUCGUAUUCGGCCGAUUCGGCUGAUGACCAGGAAGAUGUAACCCCUUCCCAUCUGCUUCCCGAUGUCAUUGAUGUCGGAGGAGACGCUGAUUUUGCUGAUCAAGGAGCACCAGACGAGGAAUAUGAGAAACCAAAGGAAGUGAGGCCAACACGAAAGAGCAUAUAUAGAAAAGGUAAAGGUGGAAACUAUGUAACCGUGGAAGUUAAUAUUGACGAAGAACCUGGAAAAAGCAAACCUGAAGCCGAUGUACCAGUAGAAAACACUCAUCGGGUACUUAGUAGACAGAGAAGCAGGUCUAACGAGGACGUGUCUUCAUUAAGAUUUGAUCAGCUACAUGUAUACCCUGCCAAGACACCAUCGGCUACUUUAGGUCCGGGGUUCAUGCAACCUCGACCGCAGCGUCCUGGGAUUAACAUGCCCCGAACACGAUCAGCUGCUGUUAUUAGCCCACACUGUACACCACGAUCCCACCAAAUCCGCAAACCACGCAACCACCUCUAUGAGAGGAUAGAAUCAGAUAGUGACGAUGGUGAGGAUGCGUUCACAAGCGAGUGCCAGCAUCUUGUAAGUGUUCUUGAGAGUGAAAAGGAGCGGGACCGAGUUGUCGUUGAACUGAGAAAAGACUACGUAUCUGAAGGACUUGUUUUUGUUGAAAUCGACUCAAGCAUUUACAUUGCCACAUGGAAGAAAUCCCUGGCAUUAGAUGGUAGGUUCCAAGAGAAACUCCACAUAGGUGACUGUCUCCUUCAGGUCAAUGAUCAACAAGCUAUAAACCUGGCAGUCAUACAAAGCGUCAUUGCGUCAUCGUCUACACCAAUGGUAAAACUUUGGCUAAGGCGAUUGCCUCAUGCUACGGUCGUCUACCUUACGAGGAACGCAAACAAUCCGUGGGGCUUUGAAACUGUGAAGAAUCAGAUCACCGAGAUCUACGAGGGAGCAGGACUUUCCAAGUACAUCGACAAGUCUUCCAAGAAAAAGUGGAUUAUCACAGAACUUAACCAUCAACCAGUCAGCAUUCAAUCGUGUGGUAAAGAUGAGGUAAAACAUCUGAUCACGGCUUCUCAAACAGAACUAGCACUGGUACUACAACCAAAGGAUUUCAUUGAUAAACUCUCGAAAAAGCUGCAGAAGUCCUCGAUCAAAAAGAAGCGAAUGACUGAAUACAUUGUUUGAAGACUGUUUUCUAUGUACACCCGACGAGGGUUUAGUUAGGAGGUUACCAUGGCAAUAAGAUUGCGGAAUCACGUGUUUCGACAUUACUCGUCAUGUGUACACCUUGUUAUUUUGGGGACAACUACAGUAGAUGACAUGCCAAGUUUUCAUAGAUCUUGUAGCUGAGGCUUGAAACAACUCGCCUGCGCCGAAGCGGCUGGUAGGAAACGUAGCCGUACCAUUACAGGCCAAUAUACCCGCCAAUAUACCUUCGUUGUCGCUUUAAGGACAUUAAGAACAUGGAGAUCCUCGUAAGAAGUGGGAUGUUGUCAAGUGACACGAAGUGUAUUAAGAGGCUUUGGGGAGAUGCAAAGCUCAUAGGUUGACUAGGAUCUGAAAUCGACGAAAUACGAGCGAUUGGUUUUAAAUCGACACUCACGGCGAACUCUACAUAAGAACAAAAUGUGAAUGUUGUUGACGAUGUUGACUGGAUGAGGAGAAUUGUUGCAAUGACAAAAAAUGACCGUGCUGACAGGUCGAAGCUCAUUAUGCAGUAUGUACAAAAAGCUGCUUUCAUAACUUUAUUGGAGGCCGUCAUAGCAUCAAAUUGUUCUUUUUAUAUUUUUGACAAUAUUGGUUAUUAGAACAAACUUGAAACCACAUAUUAACCGUUUUGGUCUUGGACGUGAUCUAGAUCUAAACCAGGCAGUACAAAGACAAAAUGAGAUUAUUCUAUCCGCUGCAUCGACCUGCCGGUCUUGAUUCGACCACUGAUUGUCAAGACUCGAUUUGUUAGAUAUAAAUUCUUUCAAAUAUUCUUCUAUGAUGAUUAUGUUCGGGUUUUCUGUGGGUGUACACAUCGCGUUAACUGUAUGGCCAUGGGAUUUAAUAUGUUAGAAAAAAAUCAAUUCUGAAGGAAAAUUGUCGACGUGCUGAUGUAGACAUUCUGCAUCAUGUCCAUCCAUUACUCUAUUUGUCAUGCCAUUUUUGCUGUUCGUAUUUAUUAACAUGUAUAGUAAAAUAUUUUAAUACAAGUUACAAUACCAUUUUUUAUCAUAUUUCAGCAGAGGAAUGGCACAAUCGCAGGAGUCUCUAAAUCCUUUUAGAAAGAAAAUGAGAGGCUUUACAAUAUAUUUUCGUCUCUGGGAUAUAUCCGUGCUUACCUCGAUAUUAUACACAAAACAUGUAGACAG